UUGAGAAACGUCACAGGCACGAGACUCGGGAAACUUUACCAAACACUCACAUCAAACCACGAACAACGCGAAUCCGCAAAUAACCAAAAGCCUUUCUAGCUAACGCAGGGGUUUCAUCGUUACCGUCAACAUGGAUGUCACACUAGGUAUUCUGGAUAUCGAAGAGAAAAAGAUCGGCCAUAUUGACACACCAAAGCCUCCCGCGGCAGCCGGGUCGAAGGGCUUCCCCGUGAGCAAAAAGCGAGUGUCAGCCUUCAAAAACCAGUUAAAGGGGAAGCCAACCAGUGCUUCGCCCGCGCCCACAUCCCGAACCCCCUCGGCCGGACCUUCAAGCCAAAAUGAUGUGCCUAGGAGAGAUGCAAAGGUGGACGAGCGACGGGGGAUUGAUGAAGAGAACAAAGCCGUCCUCAACUCCAUGUCGCCCGACGAGAUUGCACAGGCACAGAGGGAACUUUUCAGCGGGGCGAACCCCAAACUCAUCCAAAUGCUACUGAGGCGCGCAAACCUCGACGAGCCGACCGGACCGUCACCAUUCGAUGUGCCGUCCCCGGAAAGCCCACCAGCCCCGAAUCCCCGUUCACCACCUACUCCUCAAUCACGACAAGUCACCGUGGAAGACGACCCGGAAGAAUCUCAUGAAAGCGACCCCAUCCCAGCUCCUGUAAUCAACGAUAAUAACGAGCUCAACGAUCCCGACGACUACGACGAAGACGCCGAGCCCCCUGUGCCGCCUCCCAACCUCUUCCCAGUAACAUCCAUCGCCCGGCCGAAACGCGCAACCCCCAAACCCGCAGCCGCCACCAACGACGCCCUAUCCGCCGACAUACCCCACAACACCCACUUCCCACCCGCGCCCGCGGUGCCGGACCUCGACCCGUCCGACCCGGACUUCCUGCAAACCAUGCACCAAAAGUUCUUCCCCAACCUGCCCGCGGACCCCUCCAAGCUCGCCUGGAUGGCGCCGCUGCCGACCCCCGACUCGGCCGCCGACCGCGAGUCGCCCUACUACCCGGGCCAGGACGCGCUCCCGAUCUCGGCGCUGCGCUUCGACUUCCGCGGCGCCCUCAUCCCGCCGCGGGCCAGCCGCGCCAUCCCCGUCAGCAAGGGCCUGCACCACCACGGCGAGGCGCCCGAGGCCGCCGGCUACACGGUGCCCGAGCUGGCCCGCCUCGCCCGCUCCUCCGUCGCGCCCCAGCGCUGCCUGGCCUACCAGACCCUCGGCCGCAUGCUAUAUCGGCUUGGGCGGGGUGACUGGGGCGAGGGCGUGGGCGGUCGCGGGGGGGAUGAGGACGAUCUUGCGUUUGGGCUGUGGCGGUGUUUUAAGGAGGGGAGGGUGCUGGAGAGCUUGGAGGAGGAGGCUGGCUUGCCCGAGUGGAAGGGCCAUAUGAGCAGUAAGGCCUAUGCGACCGAGGCGUUGUGGCUGUUUGAGAAGGGCGGGUGGAGGGAGAAGUGGAGGGGGAUGUGAUGUAGAUCCGCUGUGGGAAUAAGUGCGGAGCACCACAUUCAGGGAGCUCUAUGUACCUUACACUUGGUACAUAUUCACCACAUGGAGCACAAGUUACUUAGGUAGCAAGAGUUAGUUGCAAAGCUAGAACUCCCUCGAAUCCACCUCUAGUCAGACCCA